AGAUCAACUUGUUAUUUCUCAUCAACAUCAUAAGAAUCUUGGUCACAAAACUUCGAGCCAGUGACGCCGUGGAGACUACUCAAGUCAGGAAGGCUAUCAAGGCGACGGCUGUAUUGUUCCCGCUACUCGGGAUCACCAACUUAUUGUUCGCCGUCAACCCUGGUGAUAAAGGCGACCUGGAGGGCGCCUACAUGCUGACUAACGCCCUCCUCCAGUCCUCCCAGGGUGUCUUCGUCUCGGUGCUGUACUGCUUUCUGAACGGCGAGGUGCAGGAGUUGCUACGGAAGCGGUGGCGGCAGUACCGGAUGCAGCAGCUGGGAUAUCCUGUUACCCACCGCCGCAAGAGCACCAAGAGUACCAUCAUCCUAGAGACGUCGCUGUCCUUGAGACCCAGCCCUCACGCCACCCCACAGAACGCCAGGAGCCACCUCGCCACCAGACAUUCGCUGGAGACCUCAGUAGUGUAAUCCAGUUCCCUUUCAUCUACAAGCUUCACUAAACACGGCCCUGCCAGGCACGUUCUUCCAUCUACAUCCUUGCCAAUAGCGAUCCUGCCAGCUGUGGCCCCACCAGCUUGAGGUUCUCAAAGGUGCCCUAAAGAUGGCCGUAGUGUAGUAAAUAACUGUCCACCUAGAUAUGGUUUGGAGAGACUAGGAGGAUGACCAUGGCCGCCUUCACUUUACACCAGUACUGAACCACGACUCGCGCACCUUCUAACUAAAUGUAGGUGCGUGCGGCCUGUCUUAAUCUUACCAUCUGUCAUCGGUUCACUGUCUUACCUGCGUAUUCGAGGCAUCAGUAUCCACCAGGAACCCGCCCGCCACAGCUCGGAGACACCUGUGUGUGGUCUGGUCCCUGACACCCACUUCAGCGCUACUGUUCGUUAUCAUUAAAUCUCUAUGUUAACUUAGAGCCACACAAGCCACAGACUGGAGACAUCUGUGGCUUGUCAUGGCUCGUCUAACCUUUAGUCGGUGUUAUGAUUAGUUGUAAAUAGGCAUGUACUUAAAUAAGAUUCCUGGGGCUUUAAUCUAGUGUUCUAUUAUAUCACUUUUCAAGACCUGAUGUAGUAGCUAUUUGUUACUGUUUGUCAGUCUCGGUCAAGUGUAACUGCAUGCGCUGGAUAUACAAUAAGCAGUCAUUUUAUAAUCGUCCGAAAAUAAUACAUUAUUAAGACAAAUAAUUAACCCUUUGAGGAUUAUGGCUUAAUGCUUUGAGGGCAAAUAUUUAACAUUUUAAUGAUGAUGUUUUAAUCUUUUGAGGACGGUAGCUCAACCUUUUGAGGAUGAAGAUAUAAACCUUUAAGGUCGGUACUUCUAAACCAUUGUCCUCAAAAAGUUAACGUAAAACUUUAUGAGAGAAUCUGUUAUUCUCAGCCGAGAUACAAAUAACAUCCUUCACUCUAGGUAGGAUGUUGCUCGACCACACAGCAACUGAUGUACAAGAAUAUUAACCAGCUGACAUUAGUAACAGUAAAUUAUUAUUAUUGAAAAGACAUAAAACUAAAUACGUGUUGAAAAAUAAGACAUUAUGUAAACAUGACUAAAUAAAUUAUGAGUUAUAUUAUCAUCCUUAAUUGAUUAUGAAUGGCUACUCACUGCCCAUCUUUCCUAACUUGACUUAGAAAAAGGUUUUUAAAGUGAAUUUAUCACAGUUAAUGAGAAGUGACAUUUAUAUAUGAUGGUAUGUGACUAGUUAAAAAAAUCAAUUUAAUUACAGUCGACCGCCUCACAAAAACAACUAUUAGUCCUCUCUAGUACCAAUAAGUUUUUACCUUGAGCAAUAUGAAGACAAUUGUGCGUUAGGUUAUGCUAGGAGGUAUACAAAGAAUAUUUAGCUUUUUUGAAUUUGAUAUUUUAUAUAUUGCGUAGUGUCAUUUGUGUGUAUUUUGGUGUUGUAUAGAUAUUUUCUCAUAAAAUGUUGGUGACCUCUGUAGUGAAUACACUUAUUAACCUCUUCUCUCUAAGAGCAUAAGAACAUAAGAAUGGAGGAAACUGCAGCAGGCUUAUUGUCCUAUACUAGGCAGUCCCGUUUACACCCAACCCUAUCACUAAUAUAUCCGCCCAAGCUAUACACCUGUAAGGGAAGCUACCCAGCGUAUUCGAGUUAAUGAUGAUGUUUGGUAAUGUGUUCAACUCAUCCACUACUCUUUUCCAACCAGUGUUUACAUACUGGCGCCUAAAUCAAAAUUUGUCCAAUUUACAACCAUUUCUGCGAGUUCGCUCCUGGAUGGAUAGUUUGAGUGCCUAUGUUAUAUCUCUUUAACCUAUCGCUAUACUCAACGUUUCUAUUGCCCGGGAUUAGUCUUGUCAUCCUCCUCUGUAUGCUUUCUAGGGAUUCGAUA